AAAUGACAAUGUCAUUUUGUCAGAAACAAAAAUUCUAAUUCGAAAUCACGUAUGGUUGUGGUGUGAAAAUAAUAAAUAUUUCUUUAAAUAGAAUUUUAUCAGUGCCAUAUAAAAUGACUCAACCAGCUCCUAUUGUAAAAAGCCUUAUUUACGCUGGGCAAAAAUAUAUUCCUAUUGCUAACGGCAGUAAGGUACAUUUCCACUUCCAAACAUGGAAACUAGGAAAGGAAAGGGUUUUGCUUGAUGACAGCAAGAAGAUUGGAAAGAAGGAACCCAUGGUAUUAGUGAUAGGACAUAAGUUUAAAUUGGAAGUUUGGGAAACUAUAGUCAAAAUGAUGGCUGUAGGAGAAGUUUCCAGUUUUAAAGUACAAAAAGAGCUAGUCUUCAGUUACCCCUUCAUAUCAAAAACUCUACGGGAGUUAGGACAGGAACAACAUAAAAUAAAGCAUUCAUGUACCAUGACCCUACACACGGAAGGCCUAGGCCAUCCAGACUUAGAUGACCUUAUGAAGAACCCAUGUGACCUGGAAUUUAUCAUAGAAAUACUAAAAGUGGAGAGAUCAGAUGAGUAUGAGAAAGAGUUGUGGCAGUUGAAUGCUAAGGAGCGGACAGACCUCAUACCCAUGCUCAGAGAGAAAGGCAACAAACUAUAUGUAGAGAAGAAAUACAAAGAGGCUGAGGACGCAUACAGUGAAGCUUUGUAUAUCUGUGAACAACUUAUGGUCAGGGAAAGGAAAGGUGAUGAAGAAUGGGCGGAGCUGAACAAAGUAAAGCUGCCGAUACUACUGAACUACGCGCAGUGUAAGCUGAUCAAUGGAGAGUACUACGCUGUCAUAGAACACUGUAAUACUGUUCUAGAAUAUGAUAAAGAUAACGAAAAAGCUCUCUACAGAAGAGGUAAGGCUCACAUAGGCGCGUGGAACCCUGACGAUGCUGAAGAAGACUUCAAAAGACUAAAAUCUUUAAAUCCGUCCAUGUCAGCAACAGUCGACAAAGAACUCGAACAUAUAAAAAAAUUAAGAAAACAAAAAGAGGAACAGGACAAAGAUGCGCUUAAAAAAAUGUUUGUGAAGAAUGCAAAUGGGACCACAUAGCACUUGGAAUAAGGUUUAAUUUAUAAUGGGUUGUGCAGUGUUAUAAGGGUGAAUAUACCUUGGUAUGGUUCUGUAAUCAUCUAUGCUUGAUUGACAAACAUAUUCUUAUAUCCUUAGUCUUAGGGUUGGAUAUCCAUCAAUCGUCAUUUGCAUAUUACCCUUUCAUGCGUAGCCCUGGAGCAAAGAAAUAAGUACAUAAUAGAAUAGUAUUUAAUUAUGUUUAUAUAAAUGAAACUAAUAUUUUCUUUUAGUAAUAUUAUUUUCCGGGAAGGAAUGAAAGAUGUCCUAGGAAAUUAUCGACGUGAAGUCUUUCUUAAUUUGUACGCGGAUAGUUUGUAGUUGAACGCAAUAAUGUCGACGCACAUGUAGGUAUAAUUAUAUUUCGUUAUAAUUUAAGUAUGGAAUGCAAAGGGCUAAGUACUAGUUUUUUUAUGUUUAACGAGAUCGAAACGAGACCGCGUAAGGCGCUUUGAUUGAUUGGUUCAGAGGAAUCAGAGGCCUUAGUACGAGUUUGAUUUAGGUUUAAAGUAAUCGUAACGAGUACGCGUUCGGCACUCUGAUUGGUUGGUUCAUUGGUGGGUGCCAAUCAGAACGCCUCACGCGGUCUCGUUUCGAUCUCGUUUUACUAAGCCCUCAGAAACAGAGAUUGCAAUAAUAUCUAAAAUUUAUUUAUUUAACCAAAGCAAUGUUCAUGCAAAUAAAUGUAAUUUAUUAAUUUUACUAGAUUGUUAUCUAUAAAACAUGACGUUUUCACGAAAGGUUAUGAAAUAUCGUGCUAUGAUCAAUAGAAGCCAGCAUAUAUAUCAUAUAAUAUACACUUUAUAAAACUGGCAAUUAGAAUCAUUUUCUUUUACACACUUCGAUCAACAAUAACAACUAGAUAAAGGGUUACGUACAAAAUCAAGCUCCAGUUCUGUCCGUGUGAAU